CGAAUUAAUGGCCCCUUGAGAUGACCUAGUAUCAGGUCUUCUCUGUGGCGAGCCCCAAUACUUUCUUGCGGCUUUGUGUUUCAAUAUGCUUCUGCGCCCGGCCACUUCUUAUUUGAUCAGAACUGGCCAGGGGUAUCAACUAUUUUUAGCAUGACACGCCGACUUGUUCGAGCGGGCGUGCAGCUCGCGAUUUUCGCAUCUUUCAUCGCUCUUCUCGUCGUGACCUUGGACAACAGGUUCCGUGUCCUUCCUGCCUCCAUCCACGGCCAUCUUCCAUCCCACUAUGCUGGCUUCGCCAUCACCGAUGUCACCGUUGUGACUUGUUCCUCCAUCAACGUUUUCUCAAACUGUCAACCGAGCCAGGAGUCCUGGUCCCAGGUCGAGAAAGACCUCUACCUCCGCACCGGCUGGACCUCAAGCGCAUUUGUUCGAUUUGAGCGAAAGAAAGAGGAAGAACUGCUUCCUACAGACAAGGUUGUUAUUGACCUUAAGAUUAGCCGACUUGUUCCCGAGUAUUCGGAGGAUCCUGAGGCUCAGGCAGAGACAUGGGAGCAAAGACCCGGUGGUAUCUGGCUCAAGCGAACCGCUAAGCGCCACGCGAGUGACUCUGGAAAAGCAAUCACCGCUAUCGAUGUCCUCUUCGGUGCCGAUGCAGUCGAUCCGCGAAUUGGCUGGGAAGUCAGGGAUACUCCAUUGCUACUGGAUAGCCGUACGGAGGAACUGGAAACUCGAAUCAGCGUUCGUCGGGGAGAUCCUCCCAAAACGAAGAAACCAGUGCCCAGGAUAAAUGAGAAUGGGCGCUUCAAGAUCAUGCAGUUGGCUGACUUGCAUCUGAGCACCGGCCUAGGGGCUUGCCGUGAACCCGUCCCGGCUGAACCCAUUCCAGGGCAGAAGUGUGAAGCCGAUCCUCGGACGCUAGAGUUCGUGGAAAGGCUUCUAGACGAAGAGCAGCCUGAUUUUGUUGUAUUAAGUGGCGACCAGGUUAAUGGUGAGACGUCGAGGGAUGCCCAGAGUGCUCUUUUCAAGUCCGUUAAACUCCUUGUUGAUCGCAAGAUACCCUACGCGGCCAUUUUCGGCAACCAUGAUGACGAGGGUAACCUGAAGCGACCGGAGCUUAUGACUAUCUUGGAGGAUUUGCCGUACUCUUUAUCUACUGCCGGCCCCGAGGAAAUCGACGGAGUCGGAAACUAUUAUGUCGAGAUUCUUGGCCGCGGAAGCACCACCCACUCCGCGCUAACCCUUUACCUUUUGGACUCACACUCGUACUCUCCUGAUGAGCGGAAUUAUCGCGGGUAUGACUGGAUCAAGCCGAGUCAGAUUCGGUGGUUCAAGAACACGGCCCAAGGGCUGAAGACCAAGCACCAUGAGUACACCCACAUGCACAUGAACAUGGCUUUCAUUCACAUUCCAUUGCCGGAGUAUCGUGAUCCCAAUAACUACUACCGGGGUAACUGGACAGAAGCUCCAACAGCGCCGGGCUUUAACUCGGGCUUCAAGGAUGCCCUCGAGGAAGAGGGUAUCCUGUUUGUGAGCUGCGGACAUGACCAUGUCAAUGACUACUGCAUGCUCAAUCGAGAUAACGAGGAAAAGCCGUCCCUGUGGAUGUGCUAUGGAGGAGGCGCUGGUUUCGGCGGGUACGGAGGAUACGGGGGUUAUGUGCGCCGCGUGCGGUUCUAUGAUUUUGACAUGAACCCUGGCCGUGUGGUGACAUACAAGCGGCUGGAGUAUGGCGAGACGGAAGCCAAAAUUGAUGAGAUGAUGAUUAUCGACGGUGGCAUUGUCAAAGGGCCCGAACAAGAAAAGUGAACUGGAGAUUGAUGCCUUUCCAAGGCGCUGAUUGGUAUUAUUUCCACUUUCUUUUUGAGCUGGGUCUCGCGAGACGCAUCUGGCUGCUUUUCGGACGAUAUCAUCUAUUCGAGGCUCUUACAUCUAUUACUGGGGAGGCGUUCGUUCCUAUUUGAGACUUAACCGGCGGGCAUUCAUUUUCUUUCCCUUGUAUCAUAUUAGUAUUCGAUUCAAGCAUCUUCAGGAUGCGUGGGCCGCGAUAGCAGGCAUUUUCUCAAGAAAAUUGAUUAUUUUUUAUCUUCUUUUC